UCUGCGUGCGACGAUGCGUUCACCUGCACCGAGUUGGGUGGUUUGGUUUGGUUUGGUUUUUUUGGCCGCAUGUCGGACAAUUUCUGGGCUAUUUUCUGAAGAGAAUUGUUGGGAGAGCUUAAAACUGUCAACAUUUCUGUUUUCUUGGUGUUUCUUUUUUUUUUUUUUCAUCAGCUGUCAUUAAAAGCGGCGGCCACUGACGGCUUUCCAGCCUCUGGGGAGGUGCUGCAGGUUCAGGCCUGUUUCCCGACAGGACUCUGCGUAUUGAGUGUGUUUCUCCUGGGUUUUGGGUGUUGAUUUUUUAUUUAUUUAUUUUUUUUUUUCUCUCUUGAAAUUUUCUCCCCCCUUAAAAAUAAAUCCCACCGUUGCGUUCGCCAGUCCCGGUGCUGCGCCUCCGCCGUCGGAGGCUCGGGGCUCGUAAAUCUGCGUGGUGGAGGAGGCCUUCCCCGCGGGAUUCACCUCUUCUGCGGAGCGAGGGCACGCGUCCGCCAGCACCGCACACCUUUCCCAAGCGGAAAAAAAUCCCGCCGGGAUAAGGCCCAACGACAAACCCACGAGCGAUAGCUCUAAAUUUGAACCAAAAAAGCGCCACGGCGGCUCGUGGAGGUAAACGGGGAGCGUUUGCCAAGCUCCUUCCCCGCAUCUUCCUCUUCCUCCCCCCCCCCCCCCCCCCUUCCAGCCCCAGCGAGUUUCUCCCUCCUUCCCCGCCAAGCCAGCGCUUUGCUCCCAUUGUAUUCCUCCUCCUCCUCCCGCUGCGGUCGAGGGAAUGCGAGUCUGGAAAUGAUUUCGAGCAAAAAAAGCUCCCAAGUAAAUCCUGCGCUGCGCAGGGGGAGGGGAGGGCGGGCGGCCCGGGACGGUGCAAGUCCUCGCCGCCGGGGAAAACGAUUCCCUGACCCAGAAAUGGGACAUUUCCCGGCAGCGCCUCGGGACGGGGCAGCGCUGGGAGCGUCCUCGCCGCGGCGUGGCCUCGUCCCUGCCGCUGCUGCGAAGGCAAAGCUUGUCCGGCGCGGCAGAACGGGCGGGUGGGGGAAGGAGUUACGGUGAUGCCGGGCAGGAGGACUCGCUUUGGUGGAUUUAAUCGGUUUUUUUACCGUCAUAGUUAACUAGAAACCGUAUGCCGGUGAGUUUUACUUCGUUUUUAGCAGCGUUCCCGUAGGAAGAAGCAUCCGGUGCUGCUCUUGGGCAGCCCUCACCUGCAGCUCCCGCCUGCCUGUGGCUCGAGGGAGCCACAUCCUGGGAUUUUCCUCUUUCCACCGGGGAAGUGGGGAGUCUCACGCUCCUGGAUUUUCCACCUGUCCCAAUGGAAACGGCGAACAAACGCCGCCGGCUUGCUUCGGCAGUCGAGAGUAAUUUCCCGGGGAAGGAGGAUUAUGACUGCAUAAAGCAAAUAUGUUCUGUAUCUCCUCUCCUACCCAUAGUUGGCACAGAGUUGCUAAAAGCAAGAGUUGACAUGGAUGAUGAAGACGGCCGGUGCCUGCUAGAUGUAAUUUGCGACCCUCAGGCCUUGAACGAUUUUUUACAUGGAUCCGAAAAGAUUGACAGUGAUGAUCUCCUGGACAACACAGGAGAUGCAGCCAGUGCCUUUUUUGAAGGUGCUGGGCUGCACGUCCAGGAGGCCUCCGGCAACCACCUGAGCGCCGAGCCCAGCCAGCCCCCCACCAGCGUGGACCUGGACUUUUUAGAAGAUGACAUCCUGGGCUCGCCGGCGGGCGGCGGGGCCAACCUGCAGAACUCGGAGCAGCCCUGCGACAUCCUCCAGCAGAGCCUGCAGGAGGCCAACAUCACGGAGCAGACGCUGGAGGCGGAAGCCGAACUGGAUCUGGGCUCUUUCCAGCUUCCCACCCUCCAGCCGGUGGUGCAGGCGGCCUCGGACGGCACCCCGCAGAUUUUCCCCGGCGGGGCCGACCUGAUCGGGCUGCAGCCGCCCGCCGUCCUGACCCACCAAGCCCUGGUGCAGCAGUCGGUGGGGGCGGACGUGGUGAACAAGGCCAUCAGCGUCCAGCCCUUCCUCCAGCAGGUGGGACUGGGCAACGUCACCAUCCAACCCAUCUCCAACCUGCAGGGGUUGCCCAACGGCAGCCCCAGCGGCACGCUGGGCAUCGGGCCCAUCCAAGUGGUGGGGCAGCAGGUGAUGGCCAUCAACCAGCCGGCGCAGCAGAUCAUCGCCAAGCAGGUUCAACCCUCCCAGGUGGCCACCAUGCCCGUCGGCAGCUACAUCACCCAAACGGCGCCCGAGCAGCAGCAGGUCACCCUCGCCUCCGCGGGGGUCUCGCCGCAGAGCGCCGGGCUGGUCAUCCAGAAGAACCUGCCGGCGGUGGCCACCACCACGCUCAACGGCAACUCCAUGUUCGGCGGCGUGGCCGGGACGCAAGGCUCCCAGCCGCUCACCGUCACCUCCAACUUGAGCAGCCCCCUGGUGCAGGCCCAGAACGUCAUCAUCCACAGGACGCCCACCCCCAUCCAGCCCAAACCGGCGGGGGUCCUGCAGCAGAAGCUCUACCAGAUCACCCCCAAGCCCUUCGCCUCCAACAACGCCACGCUGACCAUCCAGAACGAAGCGGCCCUGCAGCAGCAGAAGGCCCAGCAGAACCUGACCUUCAUGGCCGGCAAAGCCGGGCAGAACGUGGUGCUGUCGGGCUUCCCCCAGGGGCUCCCAGCCAACGUUUUCAAGCAGCCGCCGCCGCAGCAGCAGGCCCUCAGCAAGCCCAUGAGCGUCCACCUGCUGAACCAGGGCAGCAGCAUCGUCAUCCCCGCCCAGCACGUCCCCCAGGCCAUGCUGCAGGGCCAAAACCAGUUCCUCCUGCCCGGGCAACUGGCGGGCGCCUCCGCCGUGCAGAUCCCCCAGCAGCUCUCCGCCCUGCAGGCCAACAUGGGGGGCCAGAUCCUGACCACCUCCCACCCCGGUGGCCAGGCCCACAUCAUCACCAGCCAAGGGCCGGGCGGGCAGCUGAUCACCAACCAGAUCCUCACCAACCAGAACAUCGCCGGGCAGCUGAACCUGGGCCAGGUGCUCACCUCGCAGAACGCCCACGGCACCGCUCACAUCCUCUCGGCCCCCAUCCAGCUCCAGCCCGGCCAGGUGGGCCAGCCGGCCCUUUUCCAGAUGCCGGUUUCGUUGGCGGGCAGCUUGACCACCCAAAGCCAACCCUCGGUAGCCGCCUCCUUGGGUCAGACGGGCCAAACGGUCAUCCAGGGGGUGACGUUGCCCAACCAGGUGGCCAUGCUCAACGCCCCGGAGAACCUGGGCCAGGCCGUGAGCAUCCAGGCCUCCGCCGCCACCAGCAGCCAGAGCCCCGGCCUCGGCCAGCCGCAGCCGCUGCCCAGCGCCGACCAGUCCUCCAUCCUCACCGUCCAGACCGCUUCCCAGCCGCCCGCCCCGCUCCAGCUCAACGUGCCGCCCCCGCCGCCCCCCCAGCAACCCGUCACUUCUCAAGCCAGCCCCGGUUUGGCUUCCAGCCCGGAGAAAAUCAUCCUGGGGCAAGCGGCCGCCGGAGCCGUCAUCAACCAGGACUCCAUGCAGAUGUUCCUCCAGCAGGUGCCCCAAGGGAUCAUCCUGCAAACGAAGCAGCAGCCCCCCAGCAGCCAGGCCCCCCCCGCGCUCGCCCAGUUCACCGGCCCGUCCUCCUCCGUCCUGGUGGGCAGCCAGGGCCAAACGGUGACGGUGACCACCGCCACAGCGGCCAGCCACGCGCCCACCGCCCUCCCGCCCUCCACCACAGGUAUCACCGCCCCGGUUCCUGCGGAGAGCAAGACCUUCUCCAGCGUUUCCGCGCCGAUUUCCACCGGGAAAGGGGCUGCAGCCCCCGGGAAGUCGGGGGCGACUCUUCCCAUCCAGCAGCCCCUGCAGACGAAGCCCGGCGUGAUCAGUUCCGUCUCGGGGCUGAACCUCGGCAAAGGGCCCGUCCCCAUCCCGGUCGUCGGGAAGGGAUUGCCGCAGCUCGUGCCCUCGGUCCCCGUGCCAGGCCAGCCGCUGUACGACGGGAAGCUCGGCCUGAAGAAAACCCCGACGCUACAACCCAGCAAGGAGGCUUGUUUCCUGGAGCAGCUGCACAAACACCAGGGCGCCGUGCUGCACCCCGACUACAAAACCUCGUUCCGCUCCUUCGACGACGCCUUGCGGCGCCUCCUGCCCUACCACGUCUACCAGGGGAUGCUGCCCUCCGCCCGAGACUACCAGAAGGUGGACGAGGAGUUCGAAGCGGUGUCCACGCAGCUGCUGCGGCGCACGCAGGCCAUGCUCAACAAGUACCGCCUGCUGCUCCUGGAGGAGUCCCGGAGGGUCAGCCCUUCCGCCGAGAUGGUGAUGAUCGACCGCAUGUUUAUCCAGGAGGAAAAAACCACCCUGGCGCUCGACAAGCAGCUGGCCAAGGAAAAACCAG